AGAACAGUGACAUCUAUUAGAAACCUGCUACCAGGAAGCUCUGUGUCAGACCGUACAGAUUACUGACUCUUAAACAAACUUCCCUGCCACUUGUCAGUGUGGCUUGGACUGGAUAUAGGAAGCACAUAAUGGUAGCAGAAUGCAUUAUUUUAUUAAUGGGAUGUAUUGUUUUGGUCAUUCCUGCUCCUUCACUCAGAGCCAAGGACAUCAGCAAAGGAGUGGACUGGCUGACAAGAUAUGGCUACCUCCCUGCUCCAGAUCCCCUCACUGGCCGGCUUCAGACACAAGAAGGUUUAAUCAGUGCCAUUAAAACCAUGCAGAGGUUUGCUGGACUGAAAGAAACAGGAGUGCUGGAUAAAACCACUCUGGAAAUGAUGCAGAAGCCUCGCUGCUCUCUCCCAGACAUUAUCGGGACAGCUGAAUGGAUGAGACGACGCAGAAAGCGCUAUGCUCACACUGGAAUUGCCUGGAAAAAGAAAACCUUGACUUGGAAGGUCCGUACUUUUCCCAAGAACAAUACCCACCUGGAUUCGAACAACCUACGUACAUUAAUGUAUUAUGCCCUAAAAGUCUGGGGAGAUGCAACACAGCUUACCUUCCAUGAAGGAAACACUGUUGAUGCUGACAUCAUGAUAGAUUUCAGCCGUUCAUAUCAUGACGAUGGGUACCCCUUUGAUGGGCCUGGUGGUACCCUGGCACACGCCUUUUUCCCAGGAGACUAUGCAGCUGCUGGAGAUGCACACUUUGAUGAUGACGAAACAUGGAGUUACAAUACACAUUCACCAGAUUAUAGCACUGACCUAUUCGCAGUGGCUGUGCAUGAAUUUGGUCAUUCUCUGGGACUGGCACACUCAUCUGCUGAAAAUUCCAUAAUGAAGCCGUACUACCAAGGGUCAGUUGGAAACCCACUGGACUAUCAUCUCCCCCUGGAUGAUGUCUAUGGAAUUGAACAACUGUAUGGUAAAAAAUUACAAUCCCCAGGUGACACUCCAACAGCAAAAACAACAGUCCAGCCACGGAUCCCCUUCAGCCCACCACAAAGAACACCUCAACAACCUUCACCAAACCUGCCUGACAGAUGUAAGGCAAACUUCGAUGCUGUUGCUAAUAUUCGUGGUGAGGUGUUCUUCUUCAAAGGAAAAUACUUUUGGCGUCUGGAGCGCUCACGGAAUCUAAUCUCUUUUAAUGCUGCACAGAUCAACAACUUCUGGCAAGGACUUCCAGCUCGUCUUUCACGGCUUGAUACUGUUUAUGAAAGGAUGACAGACAGCAAGAUUGUCUUCUUCAGUGGAAGUAAGUAUUGGGUUUUUAAAGACACUAAAGCAGAAGAUGGUUACCCGAGACCCAUAACAGAUUUUGGGCUCCCCUCAGAUGGAAUUGAUGCAGCAUUUAUAUGGGGACAUAAUGGAAAGACCUACUUCUUUAAGGAUUCUCAGUUCUGGCGUUACGAUGAGUCAUCCCGUCGCAUGGAUUCCGGUUACCCAAAGGAGAUCAGUCUUUGGAAAGGAUUACCACCGAACUUUGAUGAUGUCAUCAGCUGGAGUAAUGGUGACACUUAUUUCUUCAAAGAUGACAGAUACUGGCACUUCAGUGGCGGUAACAUUGAAGCUAGCAGUGGUUAUCCAAAAUCUGUCGCACGUGACUGGAUGUAUUGUACUGUCGCUGUAACCGAUGCACCCAAAUCCAAUCCAAAGGCAAGGUCUGAUGAUAAAGAAUGCACCUGCAGUAUAAAAGACCAUGCAUCAAAUCUUUUCCUUUCACGAAUUCUGGUACUUAGCCUAGCUGUCACUGCUAUCUGCUGUAAAUUCUAGACAUGAACUAAGGCAUUUCUGGUGUGUAAAUAAAUAUAUUUAUAAAUGGGACAGUCUGUGUUGCUUCUGUUAUGGGAGCCUUGUGACUGCAACAGCACCUUCACUUUGGAGCAGAUGGCCAAUUUAUUGGUGCAAAGCACAAGAAAGCACUGGAACAGACUGGAAAAUGACAGCUGUGAUGAUGCUGUCUCCUCAUGUACGUGGUAUCCUCACGUAUGCGGUAUCCUUAUGUAUAUCACUCCCUGCAUUACAGAACUUUUCCUGCAUCCAGUACUUUUACGUUUCCAGAAUAUAAGCCAUCUUUAACUUAUGAUGUACUCAUAAGGUCACAACAUGACUAAACACAUCCAUACUUCUGUAUUAUUGGCCUAUGCGCAUUAUUAAAGGUGUAUGCUGUGUGUUUGUAAACCAGUGCACUGAAACAUUUCUCGUUUUUCAAGGGAAAUUUGCAUAUCUUUCAUGAUGUCUUGUGAAACCAAGAACUAAAAAUGCCAUUUGAUGUUAUUUUUUAAUUUUUUGGUUUUAUUCUGAAAAUGCCAUUGUUCACACAUUAUUAGGUUUUGUAAGGGUCCAUUCAGCUAAGUCGUCUGCUCAGCGAGUUUUGAUUUUGUAUUGACAUAAGGGAACAUGUCAUCUUUUCUGCUGAAGGAGACCACUCAAAUGAAGACGCAAAUCCUUGCGCAACUACUGAAUCACUCAAUAAACUGCUCUAUACAUCUUCAAGGAACAAACUAGUACUUAAAGAACUAAAAGUACUACAGAUUCAGUAAAUAGUAGCAUCUCUAUGUUUUAUUUAUUGGAAUUAAUGCAACAGGAUAGUAAAGUAAAAAAGACUAACUCCCACUGUAAACCCCCCCAACAGGCAGUAAGAAUAAUGAGCAAAUAAAAAAGGCAUUGGACUGCUAUAGCAAAAGCACAUUAACCCCCAUGUGGUGCUGGGGGUUCAAAUCCAGUGUCAGUGGUUCAAGAGAACCAACAUGUUUCAGUAACCACAGUGUGUACUUUCAGAGCUGCAGCAUGUAAGUGUUCAGACUGUCUGAUAUGGAGGUUUGGAUUUGAACUUUAAAAAAGGAUUUCCAAGGGAACAUAUUUACAGUAACGCUUUGUUUUCACAAUGUACCAGUGGCUUUCUUUCCUCAUUCUUCCUUAGUGCAUUUCAUGACACCUUCUUUCAGAUGUCGCUUUCUAUGGCAUCUCAUAACAGAAUGGAAAUCAUGGAACGGAGGCAAACUCCAUGAGUCAGUAGGACCAGAUCUAGUUUUCUAAAAAGAUCCUACAUACAGAUCCUGUAGGGGCCGCAGAUUCCAAAGUAUGACAUACAUUUAUCAUUCAUCACUGCUGUCUUCAGAACAGCCACCCUGCACUGACAUUAAAGCAUAUUUACUGAACUCUGUAACAAUUCCAUACCCUAACUCAGGUUGCACCUACCCUACCCUCCACCCUCAGAGCUGCUGUUAGGGAACAGGCAUGCACAAAACUCCUUUCAGGAGGAAAACAUGGUGCUAGAAAGCCAUGAUUCCCACCCCAUUACUGCUAGGACAUCCUGGCCUCGCUUAUGAUCUCAGGUUAUCUGAACUGUGGUAGUAACACUGCACUAGUGGACAGACAGAAAUGACUUGUUCAUGGCUACAUUUACCCAAAGCAGGUUACCCAGCACUGAUGUGUUGGACAGCACACUGUAUUUUAAGUGUCCAGAAAGGGAGUGAACAUUUUUUAUAAAGUUGUUGAAACUGGUUGUCUUUAUGUAACAUGAAUAAUGUAACUUUCGUCAUUAAUGGAAAUGUUUAUAAUAAAAAUAAAAAGAUGCAAUUG